ACACGGGAUCCAGUUCAUGGUCACGACCCGGAACCACAAUAAGAAGAACAGGGUUUCAAUUUGGCGCCGCAGUGCGACCAACCUAAAACGCUAGCGUGAUCAAUAAAAUCAAUUUUAGCCAAAUUUCCAAAAAUCGUACUAGUUGGAACUAUUUCACGACAACUAUUUAUUGUCGUUGUACAUGUGAAGCUAGUAAAUGUUUCGUAAAAUCUCGAAUUUCUUUAGAUCUAGGGUCGCAGUGCUGCCACUCCAUAACCUCACUACUUGCUAUGCCACUUGUCAAGUCAAAAAUCCUCCAAUGUAAAUAAAUUCGGGGUUCAUGAAGGCUUCAAAAAUGAUCGGGAGUUAUUAUUUCGUUAUUGUGGGUCACAAAGACCUGCCGCUUUUCGAAAUGGAGUUCACCAACAGUAAAGAUCCGAAGAAAGAAGACCACCGCCACUUAAACCAGUUCAUCGCCCACUCCGCCCUCGAUCUGAUCGACGAACACAAAUGGAAAACCCACAACAUGAACCUCAAGUCCGUCGACAAGUUCAAUCAGUGGUUUGUGUCAGCCUUCGUCACCGCUAGCCUCAUCAGGUUCGUCAUGGUCCACGAUAAUCGCAACGACGACGGUAUUAAAAACUUUUUCUCCGAAAUUUACGAGGCAUACAUCAAACUUUCACUUAACCCCUUCUACGAGGAGAACACUGUAAUCAGAUCGCCAGCUUUUGAGAAGAAAGCGCAGUUAUAUGGAAAAAAGUACCUUUCUAGUUAAUAAAUAUUUAUUAUAGAAAA